GGUUCCGCUUCCCUCGCUGAAGGCGGCGGCGAGAGACUGGAGACGAGUCCCUGUGGGGAGGGUGGGAGGGACCCGAGGGAGGCGGCGGCGGGGGGCCGGAGCUGGAGAAGCCCGGGUGGGGGGUGGGUGAGAGAGAGCCCACACCCGGGGUAUUUAUGCUGCCAACCCCCGGGCGCCGCAAGUUGACGGGCUUCAAACUCCCCGUCGCCUCUCCCGGGAGGCCCUGAAGCCUCGGGGUUCGAGUGACGCCCCAGCCGGGCUGCCCCCUCAGCUCCCCCGGCUGCCUUCCCCCCCCCCCCCUCAUGUGAGCCGCCCCUUGCAAACCCCCACUCAUUUUUUUUAUUUUCAAUUUUUUUGUCCAAGUUUCGCCUACUGGAAUUUAUUUUCCUCCGCUGACUUUUCCUCCCUCCAUGUCCGGCUCGACCAGUUAAACUAGUUUUUUUAAGGAGAAGUUGUAUAUAUUCUCUGUUUUUUUUAUUUAAAAGUUUUUUUUUCCGCGUGGAGAUUUUCAAAUUAUCGUGAUGUCCACUAGAACGCCGUUACCUACACUCAAUGAGACCGACCAGCACACAGUGGGGCACGUGGACCCCCAGAACCAGCCCAAGCCCAGCGGCAGGUCCAGCAUGCCGCGAUGUCGGAACUCGAUUGCCACCACUGCCGAGGACACUCCUCACAUCGGCAACUACAGGCUCCUCAAGACCAUCGGCAAAGGCAACUUCGCCAAGGUGAAGCUGGCCCGCCACGUGCUGACGGGGAAAGAGGUUGCUGUAAAAAUAAUUGACAAGACCCAGCUGAACUCCUCCAGUCUGCAGAAGUUGUUUCGUGAAGUACGAAUAAUGAAGAUUCUGAAUCAUCCUAAUAUAGUUAAAUUAUUUGAAGUUAUAGAAACGGAGAAAACGCUGUAUUUAGUGAUGGAGUAUGCCAGUGGGGGAGAAGUCUUUGAUUACUUAGUUGCGCAUGGAAGAAUGAAAGAGAAAGAAGCCCGAGCCAAAUUUAGACAGAUAGUAUCUGCUGUGCAAUACUGUCACCAGAAGUGCAUUGUCCAUAGAGAUCUGAAGGCAGAGAACUUGCUCUUAGACGGAGACAUGCACAUAAAAAUAGCGGACUUUGGCUUCAGUAAUGAGUUCACGCUGGGGAAUAAGCUAGACACAUUCUGCGGGAGUCCCCCUUACGCCGCCCCAGAGCUCUUCCAGGGGAAGAAGUACGACGGGCCAGAGGUGGACGUCUGGAGCCUUGGCGUGAUCCUCUACACACUCGUGAGCGGCUCAUUGCCCUUCGACGGUCAGAACUUGAAGGAGCUCCGGGAGAGGGUGCUGCGAGGCAAAUACCGAAUCCCCUUCUACAUGUCCACAGACUGUGAAAAUUUACUCAAGAAAUUCCUGGUACUAAACCCCGCCAAACGCGGCAACUUAGAGCAAAUCAUGAAAGAUCGGUGGAUGAAUGUCGGCCACGAAGACGACGAGCUGAAGCCCUAUGUGGAUCCCGAGCCAGAUUACAAGGAUCCCCGGCGGACAGAGCUCAUGGUUAACAUGGGGUACUCGCGGGAGGAGAUCACCGACUCCCUGGUGAACCAGAAGUACAACGAAGUCAUGGCCACGUACCUGCUGCUGGGUUGGAAGACAUCGGAGCUGGAGGCGGACUCUCUCUCUACCAGUAACCUGUGCCUGAAGCCCCGCACUGACCAUGCAAACAGUAACGCACAGUCACCCUCCAACAAGGUACAGCGGAGUGUCUCAGCCAGCCAAAAACAGCGGAGGUUCAGUGACCAAGGUAGCUGGACCCAACGCUCCACGUCCAAGAGGAACCAGGCCAACAAGCACCGAUUCCAAACACCCGGAGAGGAGAAGGACGGGUCCCAGCGCUCCAGCAGCAACGUCAAAGUGCCAGCCAGCCCCCACAGCGGUGCUGACAGGAAGAAAGUGGUCCCGUCCACUGCCAUGAACAGUGCCCUUCCUACCAGCGUGGCCAGAGGCAGAAACUCCCCGAUGGUGGACCGAGCCGGCGUCGGCCAGCAGGGCAGCAUACACAACGGCAAAGACAGCUCGUCGACACAGAGCUCCAGGAUAUCCUCCAUGUCGGUGACCUCGGCAAGAACACGGCACACCAAAUCCAUGUCCACCUCAGUUCACCCUUCGAAAUCCACGGGGAACAGCAGUGAUUCGCAACGUCCCAGCACAGCCCCGCAGCGGAUUCCUGUCACCUCUCCUUCCGCUCACAACAUCAGCAGCAACAUGGCCGAUCACAGCAACUUCCCCCGGGGCGUGGCUAGCCGGCGCACCAUCGACGGAGGCCAGCUCCGACAGUUCCGCGAUCAACAGAACACCGCCUACAACGGGCCCCCUGCCUCGCCCACGCUUUCCCAUGGCAACAGCCAGCCACGGAGAGGGGCAUCCGGCAGCAUCUUCAGCAAGUUCACCUCCAAGUUUGUGCGCAGAAAUCUGUCUUUCAGAUUUGCGAGAAGGGCGCCCAAUGAGGGAGAGAUCAGAGAACGAGCUGAGGGCUUAAGGCCCAACGCUGCCGGCGAGAAGGAGGAGAACAAGGACUCGAAGCCGCGAUCGCUGCGCUUCACCUGGAGCAUGAAGACGACGAGUUCAAUGGAGCCCAACGAGAUGAUGAAGGAGAUCGGCAAGGUGCUGGACGCCAAUAACUGUGAGCACGAGGGCCGAGAGCGGUACAUGCUCUUCUGCAUGCACGGCGACCCCGCCAAAGACAACCUGGUGCAGUGGGAGAUGGAGGUGUGCAAGCUGCCCCGGCUCUCCCUCAACGGCGUCCGCUUCAAGCGGAUAUCUGGCACCUCCAUGGCCUUCAAGAACAUUGCGUCCAAAAUCGCCAACGAGCUGAAGCUGUGAGAGGCACUGACCCUGGGAAUGCCGCUGGACUCACUCCCGUUGGCCUGGAUUCCUGUUUCCGUGACUAUCUAUUUUCCUUUUGCGUUAGUGUUUUUAAGUUUAUUUUUUAGUUUUAUGUUUUUUUAAAUUCUGCCUGAUCAUGAGUUGCACAACGUGGUCACAACUGGGGUCUGUUUGUUGGUCACAGGCUGGUCCACAGCUUGCCCCUGGGUGGGGGCAGAGGCAGAGGGGGAGGGUUGUCUCACACAGAGCAUUACACUAACUCAAUGUAGCGACGGUUGGGGGGGGGGGGGGGGUCACGCCUGCCUGGGUCCUGGCACUUGAGGGGUUAAGGUGGUGUCCUCUUCCCCCCCUCCCCUCCCCUCCCUCCUCGCCUCUCCCCUCCCCACUAUCUACUCGCUCCCCCUUCCCCACUAUAUUCUUUGCCCCCCUCCUCUCCCUCCCCACCCCCAGGAAUCGUGUGUCGAGGUGUCGCCCGACACUGAUCCCAGAUCCCUGCCUUUCCCCCUGUGGAUUUCUCGGGGGCAUGGGAAGGGAGCCGUUCCUACCAUCUCCUCCCCCCCCAACCCAGGCAGCACACGUACUCUCUCUCCCACCCACCCCCCUCUGUGGGAAGCCCACCAGGUCCCCCACACACAGGGUGAGGUGUGCUGGGACCAUGUACCCUGGUCUUUGUGGGGUGGGUGGUCUGCUCCCCACUCUGAGGCCAGUGACACUACACACCGGCGCCAGGCUGUUCCCGAGAGCUGCUACCCCCCCCCCCCCGCCCCUGUAAUCAUGAGUACCCCGAAACUGCGGGCACCCCUUUCAUCUGCAUUUAUUUUGUGAAUAACCUUCCGGCUGGUGCUCCCGAUCCGAGCCCCUCUCCCACCACAGCGCCGGGGUCUGGGUUGUGGGGACUGGGGAGGAGUCAUUGGUCCUCGCUGUGGAUCGCAGCGGGUUCUUUUUUAAAUUGUAAAUGAACUAAUGCAGCCUUGUCCUGUCUUCAGAAUCUGCUGUUCCUGUCUGUUAAUUUUUUUUAAUUAAUUAAACGGUAGAUGAAUCGCAGAA